AUGACUAACCAAGGCCCAAAGCUUCGAACUAAAGGCGGCCAUAUCGAUAAUCGUGAUCAACCUUCGUUACCUGUUGUUCAUAGAAGUUUCGCAAAUCCUGCACCAUUAGGUCUUUUAUCCUUCGCUACGGGAUUAUUCUUACUCUCAUUGCUUGGUGUCCACGCUCGCGGCAUUGCAGAGGAGAAUAUAGUGGUUGGAGUAAUGGUAUUUUUUGGUGGCAUAUGCCAGUUUAUUUCGGGAAUUAUGGAAUUUAUUGCUGGAAACACGUUUGGAGCUACAAUCUUCCCAUCUUAUGGGGCUUUGAACUUGAGCUUUGCAUUGAUCUUUAUUCCAGGCUCAGGCAUUAUUGAUGCAUAUAGCGACGCCCAGGGAAAUAUUCUUCCCACAUUCAAUCAAGCACUCGCCAUGUAUCUGUGGAGUUGGCUGAUAUUAAAUAUGAUAUUUACCAUCGCCGCUAUGAGAAGCUCUUGGACAUUGUUCAUGGCUCUAUUGCUUUUCAAUGUCGAAUUGAUACUUCUCGCUGUAGGCUAUAUGCUUGACAAGGCCAGUAUGCUGGUAGCUGGGAAUUCCAUUGGCUUCCUGGUAUCGUUUUGCGCUUAUUGGGCUGGGUGUGCAGGACUAUGGUCCGGAGGUAUAACAUCAUUUACAAUCCCGGCACUUCCAAUGUACAAAUACACUUAG